GCGAUGGGCGUGGUGGGCACCAUCAAGUGCUUGGUGGAGUACGAGGCGGCGCUGCGGGUCAGCGAGCAGCAACUGGUCAUCCUGCUCUUCUCUGCCAACUGGUGCGAGUUCUGCCAGAUGAUCCAACUGUACUUCGACCAGUUCGCCGAGUGCUACCCGAACGUCGUCUUCUACGAGGUGGACAUCAACGUGGCCAAGGAUGUGGUGCACCGCUGCCACAUUGAGUGGUUCCCCACCUUCCAGUUCUACAGGGCCGGUGCCAAGGUCUUCCAGUUCAAGGGGCCCAACCGCUGCCUCCUGGAGCGGAUGAUCCAGAAGCUGCAGGGAGACGGGUCGCGAUGCACGCCUAGAUUAAACCCAACCGACACCUAAA